AUGUCUUUCCCGUCUCGAGUUCGGUAUUUUCAGAACAAUUCGACCGUGGAUUGGAAUCGCCCCGUCUACUGGGACCUUGACAUUCCGUACAGCCAUGAAGAAGUUGUUGAAACAUGUGAAGCUGCACGUUGGCGUGGAGGAAUGAGAAGAGGCCGUGGGGGGCAGACGAGAAGGGCUGCAGGCCGUGGGGGGCAGGUGAGAAGGUCUGGAGGCCGGCGUGGAUCCCGAACUCAAGAACAACGUGAUGAUGGAGCAUACGGAAUUCCAAACAAUGUGAUGGAUUUUGCCGAUCACAUCAUCUCGGGGUUAGACCUUCCGGUUGAACGUGAGGAAAUAGUUCGGAGCGAAACAAGCCAGCUGACAAGAGAAGAUUUACUAAACAUGAGACGUCACUACCGCCGAUUGAGUCAGAAGCACGAAAGGAGUCGCCUUAUGAGAAACAUCGAAUCUCAACUGGCUGCUAUCAUGAUGAAUCCACCGCUGGUUCGAGUUCAUCCUCGACGUGUCCUCCCUGACCGAGCUUUCCAAGACGUCCUUCUUGCCGAGCCCAUUGAAGAGGAUGCCAUGCCGAUUCUCGGAAUCGAACAGCCACAGGAGGAAGAAGAAUUUGAUUGA